AUGUCUGACAAAGAAUCAGAAGAGAGCAGUAAGAGCACCCCUACUAGUACCGGUAGCUAUCUUGGAGGCCACCUGGACGAUCCAUCCAUUCAUUUGCGAGACAUUUUCGGGUCCCAGUGGAGCUUUGACGAUGAUCCGAGCGUCGUCGUUCGAAGCAGGGCCAGAAAAAAGGCCAAAGACAAGGAAACGACCAAGCAAGAAGUAAUCAAAGAGGAGCAAGGGGAGGAGGAAGUGGAAACGGGAACAGCAAGUGUGCCAGAAUCAUCCCAUGGUCAAGAAGCCACCAGUUCACCCACUCCCCUAAAAGCACAUUUCCAGCAAAACCAGCAACACGACGACGACGAAGAAGAAGAAUAUGAUGAUAGAAAGCCACCAGCAUCCACUACAGUACCAACUGUAGAUCAUACGACUACUUACAAUGCGGAUGACACAGAAACGGAUCAAUCUGCCCACGGUCAAGACAACACAGCCAGUCAUCAACAAGCGACAACACCUCCAGCAAAAAAGAAACUGACCAGUCUCGAGCGAAUCCGUCGACCGUUGAAUCCCAACUACAACACCAAAGGAGAUGAAAAUACGGUAGUGUCAGCAGCACCAUCUGUAUCCAUUCACUUGCGAGAUGUUUUUGGUUCGAAAUGGAGUUUUGAGGAUGAUCCAAGUGUUGUACAAACCAGAAAGCAAGACAACGACAACACAGGUUCACCUCACGAGAAAGAAGAUGAAAAUGACGACAAAAUGACAGCAACAGCCACUAAGACAACACCCAGGAGAACCAACAGUGCCGAGAGCGGUGCCGCGAGUAGUGUUGGAAGCACAGGUAGUAGACGAUCCACGCAUUCCCAACAACAACAACAAGGGCUUCGUCAUAGAAAGCAGUCCGCACAUGCAUCUCCUCAACAAGAGUCCCGUCGCAGCAUGGACCGUAUUCGACGACCUGCUGCUCGUACCAACAGCAAAGAAGGAGAGGAAAGCAUUACUUCUUCACCAAGUAAAAAGCGAAUCACUCCCAUGAGAUCCAACAGCUUUGUGAGCAAAGUAAAACUUGGCCCUCUCGGCGAUGAUUCGGAGGAUAGUCUUUUACGAGGCAACGAUAGUGCGGUUCUUGGGAAAAUCUCGUGGGAUGAUGAUCAUGACAACGACGAUGAUGGCCAGGAGAACAUGGCGCAGUCAUUGCCACUCAACCAAUCAUAUAUGGAUUACGACGACACGGUUCACACAAGUCUAUCCAAUAUGGAUAUUGAAAUAGGGGAAGCAACAGGUGGAUCAGCCGUGUUUCACGCGUCUUCUACCCAUAGCCACAACUCGUCCAUCUUCCAAGAUGAAUUUUCCGAAUCCAAGAAUACAGACGGCGACAAACUACUACUGCCCGUUCCGACAAGUGCAUAUGCGCUCAAUCCUUCCCCGGACAAUCCCUUUGAAACACCCCAACGAACUUGUUGCAUCAGUUGUUCAAUUUGCACUGUCUUCUUGGUUGUGUGGUUCAGCUUUCAGGCAUUUACCCUUCUUUGGUGGGAUCCAGAUCCCUUUCUGCCAAGUCGGACCGUUACCACGGUGCCUCCCAAGGCCGUGGGUCCUCCCAUUGAAGAAAUAUUGGGUUCCAACGUGCCCGAAUCGACACUCACAGCAAUUCACCAUAUCUGGGAUUCUCCACAAAGCACGGCAUUUCGAUGGCUUCACGCAGAUCCUCAUUGGGUGGACCAGUACAGUCAAGAACGAAGACGACAACGAUUCGCACUGGCCUGCUUGUAUUUCGCUACGAACCCACCGUACCAGCACAAUUGGAACACACAGGGACGGUGGCUGUCAUACGACACAUCGGAAUGCCAUUGGCUCAUGAAUGCGGAUGAUGAUGGUGAUAGUUCAUUGAAUCUGUGCCGGAAACAGGAUGACCAAAAUCUGCCAAACGCACAACGGAGAUUGCAAGACAAAGACGACAUGGUGAUUCGGUCAUUGCCGCUUCAAAACAACAAUUUGGUCGGUCCAAUUCCUCCAGAGAUCUCAAUGCUUUCAUCCUUGACGUAUGUUCGCUUGGAUCAAAAUGAGCUGACGGGCGACGUCCCGAGCGAUUGGUUGAAUCAAGACCCAAAACUGACAACGUUGCAAUUGCAGGGCAACCCUACGUUGGUAGGAGAACUCCCAUCUCAAUGGUGUGCUAUUGCUGACCUGCAGUUUGAUUGCAAAUCGUCCGGACAGGGAUUUGUCUGUGGCUGUGAUUGCCCUUGCUAG